AUGACUGACGCUGUUCCAAAUACCGGGUAAGUGAGUUAUUUCUGGUUAUAAUGCUUUUUUACGGAGAAAAUAGGGGAAUUUCAGAAAAUUCCGAGGAAAGACCGUUUUGAUCACCGGCGCUUCGAGAGGAAUCGGCAAAGAAAUCGCUUUAAAAUUGGCCAAAGUGGAUUUUUUGAAUUUUAAUGGUUUAAUAAAUAAUUAAGGAUGGAGCUAAUAUUGUAAUCGCCGCCAAAACAGCAACUCCGCAUCCAAAACUCCCAGGGACCAUUUAUACAGCGGCUGAGGAGAUUGAAAAGGUUCUUUUACCGCAAAAAAUAUGAUUUUUCUUUCAAUUUCAGGCCGGCGGCAAGGCUUUGGCCUGUGUUGUAGAUGUCCGAGAUGAGCAAGCCGUCAAAAAAGCUGUGGAAGAAGCUGUCAAGGUUCUUUUGAACCGAAAAAUGAGAAGAAAGUUUUUUCAGAAAUUCGGCGGUAUCGAUAUUCUGAUAAAUAACGCGUCUGCGAUUUCUCUAACAACUACUGACGAUACCGAAAUGAAGCGCUACGAUUUGAUGCAUCAGAUUAAUACCAGAGGAACUUUCCUGUUGUGAGUCCAGUUUUAUGAAAAUUUGAAUUUCUUAUCCAAAAAAAUUCAGUUCGAAAUUGAUUCUAAGAGCCAAAAAUUGACCUGAAAAAAAUUUUUUGCACCACUUUGAACCUUUUAACUAAUUAAAAUUAGUAUCAAAUUUUCCAAAAAAGAUUAUAUUGUAAUUUCUUCCAAACUGGAUACAUUUUUACUUCAUUUAGAGUCCAAACUGGACCUCAAUUAAAAAUGUUUGCCCUAGUCUAAAGCUUGAAAUUAUAAAAAACGAAAAAUCAUCACGAUUCUUCCGAAAAACUAUGUUCACAGGAUUACUUUUAAAAAAACAUCAAAGAUAAUUUUUUUCAUAUUUUUCGUAUUUCACUCUUCAGAAAAAUACUUGAAAAGGUAUUGGAAGAAAAUGAGGUUCUAGACGACUUUACAAUAUAUUCUAGACGAGCUACCGAUGAAUGGAUUAUUUUUUUGUCGCUUUUUUUGGAAACAAAUCUUCAUUUUUUUCAAUUUCCAGGACGAUAAUUUUUCUAAAUGAAAUACACAAAAAGCUCGAAAAAAAUGCAGCUUCUUCGUUAAAAAAAUAUGCCAAAAGUUCAGAAAAAAAGUAUAACUUUUCAAAAAGAAGAGAUCGAUUUUUUUAGUUUAUUGGCUUUUUUUCUUAGGACAGUACUACUUACGAUUGUCUCAAUUCAAAAAGCUUUAUUUUCAUCUUUUUUCAAAAAAAAGCUUGUCUUUCUCACCUGAAAAAGGGCUCGAACCCCCACGUCUUGAAUAAUUUUUAAAAAAAUCUAUUUUUUUGAACUUCCUGCUCCAGACAGGAUUAAAAAAGGGUUUUCAGACUAUUAUCGGAAUCUUGUGCAGAAAAAAAAGAGAUUUUAGACGGCUCUAUAGUAGUUUCAAGCCAGCAGUGAAAGGACCCUACUAAUUCCAAAGAAAACCCCUCAGUUCUCCCCAAACUUCCAGGACGAAAACCUGUCUGCCCUACCUGAAGAAGGGCUCGAACCCGCACGUCCUGAACAUCUCGCCGCCGCUGCUGAUGGAACCGCGAUGGUUCGGAAACCACGUGGCCUACACGAUGGCCAAGUACGGGAUGAGCAUGUGCGUCCUGGGACAGCACGAGGAGUUCCGCGACUUCGGAAUCGCCGUCAACGCCCUCUGGCCCCUCACCGGCGUCUGGACCGCCGCCAUGGACAUGCUUUCCGGAAGCGAGGGGCGGGACAACAGUAGGAAGGUGAUUUUUCGAGACAGAAUGUUAGAAACGUUUCAUCGGAAAAAAAACUGGGGUCGGGAUUUGAUAUCUUUCGUACACUAUAGCCAGUGUACCACGACUCGGAAUUUCACGGAACGACAUUCCGCUUUGACGCUGCGCGCUUUUAAUUUUUUUUUUUCUUUGAUUAAGGUACUCUACUUUCAUGUGUUCCACAGCAAUAACAAUAAAAAAUCGUGACCUAGAUUCGAAAGACGCUUCGCGAACGCAUGCAGCGGAACAGCGGAAUGUCGUUCCGUGAAAUUCCAAGUCGUGGCAAACAGACUAUAAUAAGAGAAAUUUUCACAUCAAAAACUCAAAAGUUCAUGCAAAAAAUCUGUAUGAUUCGGUUUCCACAAUUUCUCUAUUUCUAGCCAGAAAUCAUGGCGGACGCUGCCUACGUGAUCCUGUCCAAGGACAGUCGCCAGUUCACCGGCAAUUUCGCCAUCGAUCAGGAUAUUCUCGAAAAUGCCGGAAUCCGUGAUUUCGACCGGUAUUCCUACGUCAAAAGUUCUCUCAAUCUCCAUAUUUUCCACUAAAAUGACGAUUCAGACGCUUCCCUCCACCCAGACGUCUUCAUACCGGAAGGAAAAUACGACUACGUUUUCAACAACAAAGCAAAAAUCUGA